AUUUACCCCUAUUGCUAGGCAAUCCACAAAUGAUCUGUCAGUCGACAACAUACGUGAUGAAAACGGAAAGCUGAUGUUGAGAAAACACAUGAGGUAUCUUCGACAUGCACAUCACACCUUUGUAGGUUUGCUCCAGGCCAGGGCCAGGGCAGGAUUGUCUUUCGUUUUUCGAACCACAGAAUACAACGACUUCGCAAGCGAGAGGCCCUCGCAUAUGUUUUCACGCGUCAACGAUGGAUUUGAUGUUGUAGCAAGUGCCUGUAAUUUCUGGGUUUAUUGAUGGGGUUCUCCCAUCUCCCUUCACACCAACCCUUUCCUGUCUUUCACCUCCAGAACCUUCUCUAUCCAACCACAUCGAAAUGUCUGUCAUUCACCAAGCACACGUGCUGCCCCAUCCGUUUGCUCGCCACAACUCGUCAAGAUACAAAUCCUCGCUUUCCCACCACCCAUUAACCUCCCGACAUCCCUCCACCGACCCACAUCCAACCCAACCCACCAUGGCCCUCAACCACAAUCGCACAUACCGCUCCGCCUCAGAUCCCGACCCCCCACCCCCUCUAACCGGCACACUCAUCGUCACCGUCGGCGCCAACCCCUCCACGCAACGCACAUGGACACUCCCCAAAUCACUACUCGCCCGCCACUCAACCCACUUCGCCGCCCUAUGCGCCUCAACCUCCCUCUCCCAAACCACACUCCAAAACACAACUCCCCAGGCCUUCCAAAACUACGUCGACUACAUGCACUCCAGCAUCUACACGCUAAACCCCCACAUCGUCGGCUUCCGGCCCAUCCACCAGAACACGCUCGCGGCCAUCCUCGGCGAGGAACUCGGCGCAAAGCAGUACAGCGACGCGGCGAUGCGGCAGCUGCACGCCAUCUUCGAGCCGCUGUCGCGCAUGUGGAUCAGCCAUGCGCGGUUAUCGCCGAUUCGCGCCGCGGAUGUGGAGGUUGUGUGUGUGCGGACCGGGGAGGGGAGUGUGCUUCGGCGGUUGUUUUUCGAUGCUGUGACGAGCCAUUGGACGCAGACUGAUGUGUUGAAUAUUGGGGUGGGGACGGAAACAGAUGCGGACACGGAUGUGGAUGCGGGACAGAUGGGGGAGGAGGUGGCGGUGACGUGGUUGGAGUUGUAUAAUCGGUACCCUGGGUUUAGGGAUGCGCUUAUGGAGUCGUUGCGGAUGAAGGAUGCUUGGCGCGAGGCGCUGUUACGGCCUGUGGAGGAGUAUUUGAAAUGUCAGGGAGCGGAAGAAGGGGUGAUCGAGAGGAAGGGAGGAGAGGCUGGGGGUGGAGAGCUGGGCGGUCGUGGACGCGCAUUUGCGAGACCGCGGCCGAGACCUCGGCCUUUUCACAGGAGCACGAGUAGUCGGCAUAUGAGACAGAGUGUGGAGGCGCGGGAGGAGAAUUUGGGUGAGAUCAUGAGGGAAGACGAAGAAGAUGAGGAGGCGGUCGUUGAAGAGGAGGACUUCGAGGUGGAUGCGGAUAGACCAUCGGGGCCAGGAUGACUGGGCAUGGCUACGUAGAUGGGAUGAACUUGUGGUAGACGGAGAGCCAUUUGAUAGCGCUUAAGCUGGUAAAGAAGAUAGAGAGUAAGUGACUGGGACACCAAUAGAUGUGGGUAUGGUUUAGACGCCGAAGGUUUAGAUAGAUGGCUACCAAAGAUUUAUCUUAGACGAAGGCUAGUACCACAGCAAUCUGAUGAAUGUACAAGUG